GAGCGGCCUUCUUCGCGUGGCGCACGGGUUCCAUCUUUUGAGGAGAGGCUGGUUGUUACGGCAAGCCAGACAUGUUGCAGGAACAGCACGAGGAGGAGGAGGAGGAGAAGAAGAAAGUAGACAACGGCGGAUUGGAGGUCUCUAACGCCCGCGUUCAACUUGAUCUACACUCUACUUGCCGCUAUUCCUCUCUCUUGACUUCCAGAGACCGUGACUUUCUCCUCUCUCCAGCCGGAGCUCAGGUUAAAGUUUCUGAACUAGAAGGCAAAGUCAUAGGACUGUACUUCUCGGCAAACUGGUAUCCUCCCUGCGGAAACUUCACCCACGUCUUAGCAGAUGUUUAUGAGCAACUUAGAAGCUGUGGACCCGGAUUUGAGGUUGUUUUCGUGUCGUCAGAUGAAGACAUGGAUGCUUUCAAUAACUAUUACUCAUGCAUGCCGUGGCUUGCCGUUCCAUUCUCUGACUUGGAGUCGAAGAAGGCUCUGAACAGGAGGUUCGACAUUGAAGGCAUUCCUUGCCUGAUAAUUCUGCAGCCUGACAAUCACAAAGAUGAAGCAGCGCUAAGGGACGGUGUUGAGAUUAUUUAUCGCUAUGGGGUGCAAGCAUUUCCGUUCACUAAGGGGAGGCUGCUGGAAUUGGAAAAGGAGGAGAAGGAGAGACAUGAGAAGCAGACCCUCAUCAAUUUGCUAACAAACAGUGACAGACACUUCCUCUUGGCUCAUUCUGGACCUAAACAGGUGGGAGUAGAUUCGUUGACGGGCAAAACAGUUGGGCUGUACUUCUCGGCGCACUGGUGCCUUCCAGGAGUGAGGUUCACUCCCAAGCUGAUCUCCAUCUACCACAAAGUAAAGCAGUUGCUGCUGGAAAAGGGAAACGACCAAGAAGACUUCGAGAUUAUCCUAAUAUCAAGCGACAGAGAUCAGGCAGAGUUCGAUUCCCAUUUCGGCGCCAUGCCAUGGCUGGCCCUCCCCUUCGGUGACCCCAACGUCAAGAACCUCACCAGGUACUUCGACAUCCAGGGCAUCCCGGCCCUGGUAAUCCUGGGCCCCGACGGCAAGACCAUAACCAAACAGGGCAGGAACCUGGUCAACCUGUACAAGGAAAAUGCCUACCCCUUCACGGAGGCCAAGGUGGAGAUGCUGGAGCGCCUGAUGGACGAGGAGGCCAUGAAGCUGCCUAGGUCGGAGAAGCACGCCGGCCACCGCCACGAGCUCACCCUGGUCUCGGAGGGAAGCGGGGGCGGCCCUUUCAUUUGCUGCGACUGCGACGAGCAGGGCUCCGGCUGGGCUUACCAGUGCAUUGAGUGCGGCUAUGAGGUGCACCCUAAGUGUGUCAGGGCUGUUAAUUGACAUGGUUUUUUUAGUCCACUUGUUUAGGGUAUCUAAUGAGUCUGGCAUACGUUAAGGACGGCAAGGCGCCUGCUGGGUUUGUGUUGUGUUAGACGAAAAUGGCGUGUUUGGGGGGAAAUAAAAUAGUGAUGGGAAAGGAAGGAAGAGAGGGCGGGCGGGGAGGGAAUCGGGGAUUGAGUUCCAUUGGAGUGCGCUUAACUGUGCAUAUGAUCAAUUAUGGUGUGCCAAUGGGGAAGGUGAAUCUCGGGUCUUGCUAGUCUUAGGGUGGCUCAGGGCUGUCCAAUUGGCACUCUAUAUCUGUAUAAUCACUUAAUGCAAGAAUAAAACUUAUAAUCCAUAUAUAACAAUAGUUAUCAUGAUUACGUCCAUUAAUAAGAAAAACCAGAGAGAUUAAUUAUAGUAA